CAACUGUUGCAUCUAUGUUAAGAUUAGUAGAACCAUGGUUUUGUAGUAGUAGAACAAUUAUCGCUGAUUCGUGGUUUGGUAGCACAGAUGCAUGCAUUACUUUAUAUAACCAUGGUCUUUAUUCUAUUCUACAAAUAAAAAAGCGUCGUUAUUGGCCUAAGAAUAUCCCUAGUGAUAUUACAGAUGUACUUGGAGACACAUAUGGAUCAUUUGUUAGUCGAAUUUCCAAAAUAAAUAAUGUUAAUUUAACUGUAUGCUCAAUUCGUGAUCGCAAAGAUAUUGUACUUCUUGCCAGUUGUUCUACGACAAUGCUCGGAACAGAAGUGAAUCGAUAUAUUAAGGGUUAUGGCAAUGCAACAUUCCGUCGACCUGUUGUAUUUGACGAGUAUAAUGAAUUUAAAUCAGCCGUAGACAUACUUAAUAAUUUGC